ACUGUCGUCCGUCCGCCAUGGCUGUGCGUCUCGUGGCUCUGGCGUGUCUUCUGGCGGCUUCUUCCGCCCUCGCUUCCUCUUGCGUGGACAGAGGAGCGAAGGCCAACUUCGACAUCCCUGCGUUCAUUGACACGUGGUAUAUACAGAAAGUAGCGGAGUUUCCAGGGUUUUCUGGCACAAAAUGUGACCAGCUGACCUUCUCUGAGUUAGAAAAUGACCAACUCAAAAUGAUCGCCUCAUUCUACAACAUUACGUCUGGUGAAGAUGGGAGCAUAUCGGUCAUGGUGCGUAAACUCAACCCAGAAUCCAAGGAGGCAAGAUUCACCUGCCAACACGAAGGACUUUUUACUUAUGAAAACACUCACUUGAAUGUAUUGGAUACUGACUACAGCAGUUUGGCAGUGAUGACUUUCUGCGAAGAAAACACUGAGAAAUACACGGCGCUGCUGAUCACGCGCGAGCGCUCGCCGCCCGUCGCCGUCCUGGCCGCCGGCGAGGCGCUCCUGCCCCCGGGACUGGACUACACGGUCCACGACCAGACCGGCUGCGCCUAGGCGCGCCUCUGGCGCCCGGCUCGGCGCGGCACUCCGCUCGCGCCAUCCAUCCACCCGUCCUUCGCCUCCACUUUGAAUAUAUAUACUGUAUAGAAGUCGCCAGCCCAGGUUAAAAUUUCUAAUACGGUUUUGAGGUAGUUGGUUAAUUCACCUGCCGCAAUCGCCACCAUCUCUAGGGCAUCGAAUUGUGGUGGUCCCUAGCGGAGAAGUGUCGAACUCUUCAAACACCCCUUCCCCCUCCCGCUGAACGACCUUGAGCUGCAGUGAAUUAUGGAUGGGGUGGUGCGGGGAAUGACAGCGGGCGACAGUGCUGCGCUCUAACGUGUAAAUAACAACUAAGACGAUACAGGGCGUUACGGCAGCGCACUGCAGCGGUGAAGUUCCCAAGCUGCUCAUCAUACGCUCCUGAAAAACGUAGAGUAAAUCCUAUCCACUCGCGACUUCUAUACAGUAUAUAUAUUCAAAGGCCUCCUGAAGGCCGCAGGAAAAUCAUUUCCACUGGUCCCCUUCCACAUUUCUGAAAGCACAAUAUUGUUUUCGAACCUCACGGUCAAAAACAAAAUACCUAAAUACUUCGUAUAGCCAUAGCUGUAAACGUGUUCUUAAAAAUAAAUAUAUUAUUAUACCUUGUAAGCUUCACAAUUACUCUUAUUAUCAGGGUAGACAUGAGCAUUUAAAAAAAAUGUAUAUUCUGGAACACAACCUAAGGUUUUGCCUGCCUUUCCUCCUUGACGGCCCUUCUGCAACAUGUCGCUCUUUCGACGGCGUCUGUGAACAACUUCACGCACCAACAUCACGCGAUGCUGUGUGAGGGACAGUUCGGGUGCCGCUGUUACCGCUUUUAAAAACUGUGACAAGUCCACAUGACAUAAACUAUAACUGUCCGUCUUGUUGUGUCUCUCUAUCUCUAUUUGUCGGUGCCUCUUAAGCGCAACUGCAACUGUACCCCUGUCAUCGUCCUCGCAAUAAAACUUUUUUUUUUCCGCCA